GACGUCGUUUCCGGCCUAAACGGCGUCGUAGCCUUCUGCUCCAGAAUUCCAAAAAUAUCUUUAUCCUUCCCCCUCCAUUUCAUUCCUCUCCAAAAAAAGUGUACAGAAAAACCAGAAAAAAAACUCACAUCACUAACACAUAUACAUACACAUAUACGUACACCAAACUGACUUCCAAUGGCGAUUCUCGCAACACUACCCGGUCCAAACCACUUCUCAACACUACCCACCACCGCACCUCCGUCAAACCACCCCACCCCCUCCCACCCCCCCAAACCCCCCAUACCCAUCCCCAAAUACCCGCCCCCUCUACGCUUCCAAAACCGCCCCCCAAAGCCCGACAGCAGCCCCGCCUUCAAAACCCACCACCGCAACUCCAAAUACUACAAGCCCGUCAAACCCGGGCAGAAAAUCCCCCUGCCCGACGCCGACAAUCGGGCAGUCGUCGUCGGAGAUUCCGGCAUCUCAUACCAACUACCCGGUGCUCCGUUCGAGUUCAUGUACAGCUACUCGGAAACACCAAAAGCUCAGCCAAUAGCAAUGCGGGAGCCGGCCUUCUUGCCCUUUGCUCCGCCGUCUAUGCCGCGGCCGUGGACUGGCAAAGCUCCGAUGAAGAAAAAUAAGAGGAAUAUUAAGCUUUUUCAGCCGUUGGGUGCCGAUGAAAACAAUGAUAAAUUGAGUAUGAAACGGUACGAAAUGUUGAAGGAUUAUGAGUUGGGGAAGUUUAGUAUGAGGCCGCGUGACGAGGUUUUGGGCGCACCCCUUUCGAGGUGGGAGGUUAAGGAGAUGAUCAGACCGCAUUUAUCGAGUAAUAAACAGGUUAAUUUAGGUAGAGAUGGAUUAACUCAUAACAUGUUGGAGCUAAUACAUUCACAUUGGAGGAGACAACCCGUAUGUAAAGUUCGUUGCUUGGGCGUUCCAACUGUCGACAUGGACAAUAUAUGCCGCCGCCUCGAGGAAAAAUCAGGUGGGAAGAUUAUACAUAGGGUAGGUGGAGUGUUGUAUCUAUUCUGUGGCAGAAACUAUGAUUUCCGAAAACGCCCUCAGCUACCGUUGAUGCUUUGGAAACCAGCUGCACCCGUUUAUCCGAAGCUUAUACAAGAUGCCCCCGAAGGGUUGACUAAAAAAGAAGCAGAUGAAUUGAGAACGAGAGGGAAAACCCUACUCCCAAUUUGUAAAUUAGGAAAAAACGGGGUUUAUAUCACCCUUGUGAGAGAUGUGAGGACUGCUUUCGAAGGAUCUGUGUUGGUUAAAUUAGACUGCAGAGGAAUGCAUGCUACUGAUUACAAGAAGCUCGGUGCUAAACUCAAGGAAUUGGUACCCUGUGUUUUGCUAUCUUUCGAUGAUGAACAGAUACUGUUGUGGAGGGGAAGAGAGUGGAAAUCGAUGUUCGAGGAUGAAACCCCUUCGAUAAACCGUUCUUCUGGUCGUGGAUUAAAUAAUACCAAUAUUUCAGAAGCUAAAUCGGUGGGACCAAGCCCCAAAAUGACGUCCUUGUGGCAGCGCGCUAUUGGAUCUGGAAAGGCUUCGGUUUUGGAUGAGAUUUAUCUAAGUCCAGAUGAACUGUUACAGAAGGUGGAGGAAUUCGAGAGAAAAACUCAGGCUAUAGAGCACUCUUAUCCUGCAAUGAUUUAUUCAAAUACAGUGGACGAAGAAGCAUACAAAGAAAACGAUGAUUACGAAGACGAUGAUAAAUUCUACAGUAAUGAUUCGUUCGAAGAUGUAGAUUCUCCGGUCCCACUUGGAUCGCUGCCCGUUGACUUUAUAGCUAGGAAGCUGACCGACGGUCAAGAUCAAGUCCGGAAAAUAUAAGAACUUUGAGGAUGAAUCCCUGUUCUAUUCACAAUUCAUUCUGCAGUUUCCCAGUAAGAUGAUAAAUAACACAUCUUGUAUAUUCCAUUGCUUUUUUUUUUUUCUUUGUUCAAAAUUUAUUUAUACUCUCGAGUUAUUGUAAUAUGUAUACACAAUUUAUGGUUGAAUUUCAUAUACAAGUUCUUUUUGUUUAG